AUGACUUGCAAGGACACCCCAUAUCGAUUUACAGACACGCGCUAUUGUUUCCUUCCACGCUCUCCGGCCUUUGUUGAAGAGGCCAUGAUGAGCGUUCAACUUCGCAAUCUCCCUUCCGCUUGCUACGCAUUGCCCGACGGUCCGACUGCUCAAAAUGCUGUCGCUCUUUUCAUCUUUACCAUUCCCAUGGGCACGCUAAGUCAGGAUCUGUUUGUCAAUCCCAUCUACCGGUCGGUUCGCAAUACCAUCGCCAAACGAUGUCACUGCGAGCUGGCGGUAUUUGAUGGCAAUACCAUGCUUCAGCGAGCUCACUCCGGUCCCAAAUCAGCUCAAAGUCGGGUACGAAAUGCCAAUGGCAAUGCGUCGAUGGGUGGAGAGGUCAGUCAGACAUGUGCCAGCCUUCUAAUCAACAUUACAAAUACCCAUGAACAGGUGCUCUUUGCUCGUGGAAAUUGGUUGAUUCAGGUGAACUACUUGACGGAGCCCAGCGAGCAUCAUUUAUUUCUCAAAUUAGUCAAUGAUUUCGCCACUCGGCUGAAUAGUUCUGGUGGAUUUAAACGGGGUGCUGGAUCUCCACUAAUCAGUCAGGGGUUUAAAUGUACAACCCUUGUUGCUAUAACCCAUGAAAAACUACGACACAUCUGGCAGGGCAACCCUCUGGUGCCACCUGAACAACAGCAAAAUCAGCAAGUAACGUCAAGCGGAGAGAAACAGAAAAUGCAGCCUCUAGAAAAGCAUCAACAGCAAAAACAGUUCCUGGUAUUGGAAAAUCCAAAUCUUCCACGUGAAUGGGGCGAAUUUCCAACCCUACAGCACUUCCCAAGCAUUGAAGACCUUCAAACACACAUGCCAACACAGAAUAGGAAUGAAGGGAGUAAAAAGACGCCUUCAGUUAUUCUAUUUCAGGAUAACAUAGAAGAAAAUAACGAAAUUUAUGCAAAGCCGUAUCAAGGGGGAGACCCUUUUCCUGAAGGACUCCAGAAAUGUGAAAAAGCCGUCUACCAGGACGGUGAAGAAGGCAGGAUUCGGUUUGAAGGGAUCACAUCUUUUCUUCGACCAACUGAUCACAACUUCAAUCAUCAGGUUUCGGAAGAUCUGACACUUAGUUGUAUUGAAUGCGCAGAGUACCUGCAUGCCCUGGAAGCAGAAGAGAAGGAAGAAGAGCAGGAGAACGACGAGAUAGAAGUCCUACUUAGGGAGGAAUUCGAAGGCGAGCGUGUAUGUACGCUGGAGCAGGAGAUUGAAGAAUUAGACAGCCUUGUGGAUAUGGAGUGCAACUAA